UUGGGCCGGGCUUCGGCCAGCCAUUUCUUGAUUUUUUGCUUUCUUUCUUUCUCCAUCGCCACAACUGCUAUUUGCCAUCGAUUCAAUCCUACGCUGUUCAGUUCAAUUCAAUUCAAUACACCAUGACGCUCGCUGCUCUCUCCAGCCCCUCUCUCCAUUUUGCACCUGGUUCUUCUGUAAAAUCAGAAGAUAAAUUCUUACAGCUCUGCAACCUGAGUGUCAAGGGCACAAAGAAAGCAUCCACCCAGAGAAGGGGACUUGUUGUCCAAGCAAGCUAUAGUGAUGGUGGAAGGCAAAGCAAUGCAAGCCUUUUCGUUGGUGGCUUUGUUCUAGGGGGAUUAAUUGUAGGCACUUUAGGCUGUGUAUAUGCACCUCAGAUUAGAAAGGCUUUAACCGAUACAGACAAAAAAGAUUUGAUGAAAAAGCUGCCGAAGUUUAUCUAUGAUGAGGAAAAAGCCCUCGAGAGACAGCGGAAGAAGCUGGCUGAUAAGAUCGAACAACUCAACUCCGCCAUAGAUAAUGUGUCAAGUCAGUUGCGACCAGAAGAAUCUGCAAACGAAGUAGCAGUCAGUGCUGACGACUUUGAAGCUGCUGUCUAAACUGUUACUGCAUUUGGAUAUCUUAUCCAAUCUCAUUGUUUGAUUCCAAUGACAAAUUGUCCGGGAUGCUGUUAUUUUGUUUUAGGAUAUAUCGUAUUGUUGUUGGGUAUUAUUAGUUCAGCAGCUUCCCAUGUCGAUUUCAAUGUUUUGAUUACAAGUACUUCCUGGUGCCCGGUGGCAGAAAUAUGCUCUAUAAUCCAAAAGACCUCCUGCCUGUGGAUUUCUACUAAAUACCUUUCUCUAUAAUGUGAGAUUUCAUACUGUUUUCA